UCAUCGCAGCGCUGGGUUUGACAUUCCGUGCUGGCCAGGGUGCGCGAUUCAGUCUUGGUCGGUUCGUCUUUUCUGUCGCAACGUCGUCGUCGUCGUCGGUGCGUUCUAUCCGGACGGGACACGGUUCCACUGUUGGCUGUGUGUUUUCGGGCUCCGGGAUGGCCGCCGUCGUCGGAUUCUAGAGUGGGAAAACCUGGAAGGGAUUAAUUAGAUUUGCGUGCGGUUAAUGCGAUUCGUGUGAAGAGAAUGAGCAGGACAUCGGGAUCCGCUAGGUGUGACGUGUAACCCUGGAGAGGAAUGUGACACAUCCGGUUUCGGAGCGGAGUGCUGUCUAGCUUCCGGAAGAACCUGCACGGCGAAGCUGGAAAUUCUGGAACGUCAAGAAUCACUAAAAUCGCGUUUAAGAGCAAUAGAAAAGUCAUGUUUUAUCGUCGCGUACCAGGAUUGUAAACAGAGAAACGUCAAACCGUGUGUGACAAGAUGCGUGUGCGGUAUUGUUUUGAUUCGCCGUGAGGAGCGGACGUGUUUUUAUGAUUGCUACCGCGGCAGGGGGAAUUGUUUGUUUUGUGAUGUCUGAAUGUGUUGUAUUUUUGCUACGAGAGGGAGCGGAAAUCGACUAGAUGUUAUUGUUACAAAUUUAAUACUAAGCUGUUUACCUGCUGUUGAUGUUGCUGCUGAGGCCGUCGCCGCUGCUGGGAUGUAAACAAAACACCGAAAAUAGGGUCGGAAUACGGAGAAGAGGAAGAGUUGGGUUCGGGUAGAACGGGGAUAGGAUUAAAAAUCAAUACUGUUUUAUAGUGCGAGGAAAACAGUGUGAAAUUGCUUGUAUGGUUCUGUUUGUAAAAAGCUAUAGUGAUAUAAAAAAGAGCAUAGGAGAUCGGCGAUUGUGGGAAUUGAAAUGUUAUCCGUAAAAAAGCUAUGAAAUAAAAACGAGCAAAUAAAGUAUUGUAGAUUCGUGUUUAUCAAUGUGUAAAUAGGCCGAUCUGGUCUGCUUUAUGGUGAAAAAUUCGGCACAUUGUGUGAAAAUGCGACCAGUCCGGCAAGUCCCGGUGUCCAGUCGAGAAGAUACUGCAAUAAAUAAUGCAAUGUUUAACUAUUAAUACUGGCAGCAGAUAGAACUCUGCCCGGAAUACAUAUUUGAGCAGCACCCCUGGGGGUCACUUCACUGCCCCAAAAACGAAGCCAUAUCCACAAAAUGCAGGCUAAAAAGCGCUACAUCCUGGUGAUAAUCUGCUGCGCCUUUCUGGCGUAUUGCUACUUUGGCGGGUACCGGCUCAAAUGGCUCCAGAAGCUGUUCGCCAUCAGCGUCCGCCGGAAUCCCUCCAAACUACCGCCAUAUCAUCAGCUGCACUACCAGUUCCCGGAAGAUCCGGCCGCCACAAGUCCAAGCACUGUUCCGGACGACGGCCUGUUUGCCCAUCCCUUAUUUGAGUCCAAAUACAUCGGGGACUUCCAGCCGACUCCGUUCCACACCUGUCGGAUGGAGACCUGCUUCGACUAUAGCAAGUGUUCGGACCGGAACUUUCUAGUCUACGUGUACCCGCCGGAACCGCUCAACUCGCUAGGAGCGCCUCCCCCGACCAGUGCAAACUACCAGAAAAUAAUCUCCGCCAUCCAGGAGAGCCGCUACUACACCCAAGACCCAGAGAAGGCAUGUCUAUUCGUGCUAGGAAUAGACACCCUGGACCGGGACUCCCUAAGUGAAGACUACGUUAGGAAUGUCCCCUCGAGGCUCCAACGGCUCCCGCACUGGAACAACGGGCGGAAUCACAUCAUCUUCAACCUGUACUCCGGAACGUGGCCGGACUACAACGAGAACGGCCUAGGGUUUGACCCCGGGAUGGCGAUACUGGCCAAGGCCAGUAUGAGCGUGCAGUCGUUGAGGCCGAACUUUGACGUGAGCAUUCCGCUGUUUCACAAGCAGUUUCCGCUGCGCGGUGGCAACACCGGCUUCGUGGCGAGCAACAACUUCCCGGCGAACAAAAAGUAUCUGCUGGCGUUUAAGGGAAAAAGAUACGUCCACGGCAUUGGGUCGGAAACGAGAAACUCGUUGUUCCACCUGCACAACGCCCGGGACCUGGUGCUGGUGACGACCUGCCGGCACGGGAAAAGCUGGCGGGAUCUGCAGGACGCGCGGUGUGACGAGGACAAUCGCGAGUAUGACAGAUACGACUACGAGACUUUAUUACAAAAUUCAACAUUUUGCCUUGUGCCGAGAGGACGUCGUCUAGGAUCGUUUAGGUUCCUCGAAGCGCUCCAGGCCGGUUGCAUCCCGGUGCUGCUGUCCAACUCGUGGGUGUUGCCGUUCCAGUCGAAAAUCGACUGGAAGCAGGCAGCGAUCUGGGCCGAUGAAAGACUGUUAUUGCAGGUGCCGGACAUUGUUCGUUCGAUCUCCGCCAGCCGAAUCCUAGCUUUACGUCAACAAACUCAAGUGCUUUGGGAGCGUUAUUUUAGUUCCAUUGAGAAAAUAGUUUUUACUACGUUUGAGAUAAUUCGAGAGAGACUGCCAGACUACCCGCACCGGAACGGGCUGGUGUGGAACCAGUCGCCCGGGGCGCUGCUCACCAUUCCGACCUUCGCGGACACCCCGCGACGGCUUCCGUUCCUGCUGGAUCCGGUGGGCCAGCGGCCGGGCCCGAACUACACGGCCGUCAUCUUCGUCCAGAUUGGGGCCGCCCAGCUGUCACCAAAUACCGCCCUGUACAAGCUAGUCAGAUCCAUCACCAAAAGCCAAUUCGUAGAUAAGAUUCUAAUCCUGUGGGCGUGUGACAGGCCGGCGCCGACCCGGAAGCGGUGGCCACCGACCGGUCACAUUCCGCUGCACGUGAUCCCGGGCGGUUCGAGUGAGGAUCGGCCCAGCAUAUCCCAAAGAUUCUUCCCGCACGAGCAGAUCGAGACGGACGCGGUGCUGUCGUUGGACGAGGACGCCAUUCUGAACACCGACGAGCUGGACUUUGCGUACCAGGUGUGGCAGGACUUCCCCGACCGGAUCGUGGGCUAUCCGGCGAGGGCGCACUUUUGGGAUGAUUCCAAAAACGCCUGGGGCUACACGUCCAAGUGGACCAACUACUACUCGAUCGUGCUGACGGGGGCGGCGUUCUACCACCGGUACUACAACUAUCUGUACACCAACUGGCUGUCCUACCUGCUGCUCAAAACCGUCCAGCAAAGCUCCAACUGCGAGGACAUCCUGAUGAAUCUGCUGGUGUCACACGUCACCCGAAAGCCCCCGAUCAAGGUGACCCAGCGGAAGGGGUACAAGGAUCGCGAAAGUGGGAGAUCCCCCUGGAACGAUCCGGACCACUUCAUUCAGCGACAAAGUUGUCUCAACACGUUCGCCGCCGUGUUCGGGUACAUGCCGCUGCUGCGCUCGAACCUGCGGCUCGACCCCGUCCUGUACCGCGACUCGGUGUCCAACCUGAGGAAAAAGUACCGCCAGAUCGAGCUGGUCGGCAGCUAGCGAACGGUGUACAGCUACUAAGAGAAGCAGUCUAAGUCUUAGUCUCGAGCGGCGGAAGAAGAAGAUCCAAAAAACACACACUGACGCGGUCCUUGUUGUCUUACGGGGGAUUUAUUUUUCUGUCCCCGUUGGGAGAGGAACGAAGGGCCAAGUGAAAACAUUCUAGGCCAUCUAGUGGAGAAUUUUUUUUAAAGGAGAAGGAUAAGAAAACAAUUCCUAUUUUGUAAUUAGUGGUACGUUUCUUAAUUUUACAGCAAAAAAAAAGAACAAGUCGAUAAGCAAUUUUUCCGUUACAAUCGAAACAAAAGGAAGCAUCGUGUACAGAGACUAGAACAAUUGAAAAGGGCAACCAAUGUUAAGCAAAAACAAAUAAGAGAUAGUUGUUUGUUGUAGCUAAGCUUAAUCAGUUCAUCGCAAAACAAAACAAAAAAAAAACAUGUUUGUAAAUAGGCAAUCUGUUAGGCAAUUAGAUAACAAAAAAAGCAUUGACGAAAUUCGAAGCAUGAUCGACGAGGAAGUUUUAUCCCAAAAUAGUGCGAUAAGUAGGACAAAAAAAUCAAAUCAAACCAAUCCGCAUGCAUCAGAUCGAGAAAAAAACGUUACUUAAGUGUAGUUUCGUUGUGUUUUGUAAAAACGUAACUGCAAAGUGACGAAAACGGAAAAAAA